AUGAUCUCGCGAGAGCAGCAACAACAGAAUAAGUUUGACAGGCCUCUGAGGAAGUUUGACCCCCUCUGUAUUCACGCUCACUUCACUGCACCCACCGGCCACCGCCAUCGUCACCUCCGUCACCUUCGUCACCUCCGUCAGACCGUCACCUUCGUUAGUUCGUUUCUCCGUCUCCUUCGCCUCUUCACCGGCGCCUACAAACUCCUCUGUCAUCUUCUUCAUACAAUCCUCUUCUCGCCAUUCUCCAAAGAAAGAAACAAAUUGGUUUGGACUGAACCAGAAACUCCGCCAGAAGCUUUUGGAGGAAGGCGGGGAAGGAAAGAAUCCUCUUUCGUAAGAUCAAAGCUUGAACAUCCCACACAGCUUGAGACACUCCUAAACAAUUUUGCACACUUAAGGUAUUUUGUUAGAAGGACGCGACCAGAAUAUAGAAGCUCUCAAUGCUUCUAUUAA